UCCACCUAACAGCCACAUUUUAGAUUCGGCUGACUGAAUUAUUGUUAUUAUUAUUAUUUGUUGUUACUAAUUUGAUUAUGUUCCAAUGUUGCCUGAUUUAUUGAAAUUCCGAAUGCUUUGAUUGUUGUGCUUUACACUAUUAUCAUGGCUGAACAAGAGCAAAGUGAAGCACCAACUUUCGGCCGUCUUCUGGAGCGCAAUGUUAUCUAUUUGUAUGAACAAUUUGUUAAACUGAUUGAAGGACGUGGUAAAAGUUCUCGCAGUCCGUUUGUCACCUCAUUAUGUGUCUCUCUUGUCAUUAUUUAUCUUAUCAACCUGUUAACCAGUGAUUGGGGAACCAGUGAUACCAGUAAUCGAGUUGUCCCCGAAGCCAAUACCGAGUUUUUUUGGACAAACUUUGAUUCUCCUAUAACUGAAAUGUUUACUUUAACGCCGGGUAAUAUUUUAUCUCCACGAUUCUGGAUCUGGUCAGCUAUAUCUACCAUCACAUACCCUCUAAUUGAACUUCAUUGGUGGCAAGUUUUGAACGAUGUGAUUGCCAUCUAUUUAAGCUCUACUCUUAUUGAGCCCUUAUGGGGAUCCAAAGAAUUAUUUUCAUUUUUUCUCAUCAUCAACCUUUCGGUUGCCUUCUUAACCACCAGCCAUUACAUAAUACUCUAUUCCAUUUAUGGUUCCGAUGAGUAUCUGUACAAUGUUAGACUUUAUGGAUGCUCAGCAUAUUGUGCUGCUAUAUGUGUCUCUGUUAAACAAUUAUUACCAGAAUCUGUCCUCAUUGGAACACCUUUAGGAAAAUUUAAAAACAACAAUGUGCCUCUAGCUGCUUUAUUUCUUUCCCUAAUUCUUUAUGCGCUAAAUAUCAUUGAAAGUAGCCUGGUUCUUAUGUUUUUCUACGGAUUUAUAGUCAGCUGGAUUUACUUACGAUUCAUUCAAAACCAUCCAAAUGGACACCGAGGAGAUCUCUCUGAUGGCUUUUCAUUUGCGUCUUUCUUCCCAAAUGUGCUGAAACCUGGUGUAGCAAUUGUCUCUAAUUUUAUUUAUUCAUUUUUCGUGGCCAUUCGAUUGUGCUCACCGAUAGACGACAGACAAUAUCAACCUUUACGAGUUUUAGGAGAAAGAUUAAAUCAAGAACACGAUUCUCAACAAGUACCAAUGAGAAAUCACAAAUUUAAACAUCAUCAAAGUGGAGAUUAUCAAUAUCUAUCGCAACCAAUGAAUGUCUGAUUAUUUUAAGUAAAUCAUCUGAAAAUAUCGUUUUGCCGCCUUCAGAAUGCUUAAAGUUUAUCAAAACAACGAGAAAACCUCACAAAUUCGACUUCAAUGACUUUCAACUUGUCAAAGAACCUGCACAUGCAAUCAACAGAUUUGGAUACGUAAAUCACUAGACUAAACAAAGAUAAUGCACAACAGAGCUAACUUGAUCUACUUUUCUACUAUUACUACUCAUUUAAGAGAAUCAAUUUUUCAAAUAGUCUAAUUCUUUGCCAAAACAACAGUCACAAUUUUUAAGCAACAAAUCAGUUUUUAUUGUUAAUAAUAAUGCAUAAGGUGAUAUCUACACUGUGUCUGGUUGAUUUUGGACCUUCCAUACUUAGUAUUUUGGUGUUACAAAGAGAAAAGUAAAAGAUUUUUCUAUUGGUCUGAUCGGUUCAACUUUUUUUAUUGGUUAAUAUGUAAUAUGUUGUUUAAUAAAAUCACCGUCUAGAGAACUGAAAAGUUCACUUGAAGGCCUUCUUAAUCCAAA